AUGGCUACCGAUUACAGCAAGAAGACCAACGCCGAGUUGGUCGAGAUUCUCAAAGCUCGAUCCCUCCCCCACACCGGAAAGAAAGCGGAUAUGGUUUCGCGCCUUCAGCAAGACGAUGAAAGCAAGCCCUCCGACGCUCCUGCCGCUGCCCCCAGCGCAGCCAAGACCGACGCCCCCGAGGAUGUCAUUGACUGGGACGACGAGCCAGCAGAGACCACGACCACUGAGCCAUCAACAGAAGCUGGCGCAGCUGCAAUUGCAGCUGGUGGAAAGGGCGCAGUUCCCAACCCCGUCGCCGUUCCGAACCAGGAGCUCGGCGAGAACCCCGCUGUCACCGACGAUCUGAAGGUCGAGGCGACCGGCGCUCUCCCCGCAACAACCACUCAACCCGAAGCUGCAACUGAGGAGAAACCCGCCGUCAGUUACACCCGAGGACUGCCCCAGACCGACCUGGAGGCUGAGCUCGCGAAGCGCAAGGCUCGCGCGCAGAAAUUCGGUAUCGUUGAGGAUGAGGACACAGCAUUGAAAGAGGCUACGAAGCAGCUGGAGCGCGCGAAGCGGUUUGGCACUGGUGCCGAGGCUGCUGGAACGGGCCUAAGCCGCCUCGACCAGGCACUUCCUGACGAGCGUCCCCGCAAGAGACGUAAUGAUACCCGCAACGAGCAGGGUGGUCGUGGAGGCAAGAGACGUGAUACUGGUCGCAACCGUAACAACCGUCAACGUGGUGGUGACAAGACCAAUGCUGGUGUGAAGAAAUCCGCUCCCGGUGCGAACAAUGCUCAGAAGGCUUGGAGCGAGAAGGAUCAAGCGGCUUUGGAGGCUCGCAAGAAGCGAUUUGCAGCUGCAGCUUAA